GAGGGCUGAGAACCAACGAGAAUGACGGCAAUCGACGUGAAGGACGCGACGGCGCUGAAGACCGUCUUGACUGACGCUGGCGGUGCACUGGUGGUAGUGCACUUUUGGGCGGAUUGGGCGCCGCAAUGCCAGCAAAUGGAUGCUGUUAUGGCGGAGCUGCACAAGGCUUAUCCCACCAUCAAGCUGGCCCGGGUUGAAGCCGAGGCCUUGGCGGAUGUCUCCGAGGAGUAUGAAAUUAUGGCUGUUCCGACCAUGCUUCUGUUCAAGUUGAGCAAGGUUGUGGACCGCGUCAAUGGCGCCAACGCUCCUGAACUGUCGGCCAAGGUCCAAAAGCACCAAGCCGUUGUGGCACAGGUUCCCAAGCUCGCUGAAGUCGCUGUUGAGGACCCCAAGCUGAGCUUGAACGACAAACUGCACAAGCUGAUCAACGCAGCACCCAUGAUGCUCUUCAUGAAGGGCACGGCCGACGAGCCCCAGUGUGGCUUCUCGCGCACCAUGGUAGAGCUCCUGCGAUCAGUGGACGCUGAGUUUAGCACUUUUAAUAUCUUGGCCGAUGAUGAAGUGCGUCAGGGUCUCAAGACUUACAGCAACUGGCAAACCUACCCGCAACUGUACAUCAACGGCGAGCUGAUUGGUGGACUCGAUGUGGUCAAGCUCAACCCCAUUCUGGUGCUCAACUUGACUGUAUUGCCACCUCCUCUUUCGCCGCCUUACUGUAUCGCCAUCUAUCCCUGCAGGCUGGCGGCAUUGAUUCGCCGGGCACCUGUGAUGCUCUUCAUGAAGGGCACGCCCGACGAACCCCGGUAA